AUGAAGCCUAUCAAAGAUCUUGGCUCUGUCCUUACUACCUUCAACUAUGGCCUCUACCUCCUGGCUUACUUCGACCCCAAAGCCCCUUCAUUAGUCAGACCAGAGACUGCUUUUACCGCCCUUCCUGGAGCUGCUGAAGCAGAAUCCUCUCCCUUUGCCAUGUUGGGCUCUGUCGUUGCGAAUGCCAGGCUGACCCUUAGACUCUUCGGCCUGCUCCCUAUCUAUCUCCUUGAGAAUAUCGCAUUUCUUACAGAGAAGGGUGUCUUGAUGAAAUGUGGUCCUGGAUGGCUCUUCUACGGCACAGGUGGACGUGUCGCAAACAUGUAUAGGGUCACCCACCGUGCUUGGUUCUUGGGAAUUAUUUGUGAUUUUGCCCGUCUCAUGCGUGAGGCCCAGAUAUUCUUCACCAAGAACCAUCUUGAGAAGGGCGAGAUCACGCGAGAAGAAGCCGAGAAGGCAGUGCAGUGGUACUAUGAUUGGAUUCGUCCUCUGGCUUGGCUACCCAUCGGUUGGCAUCUCUCAGGAUGGAUGGGAGAUAAGGCGCCGGGUUUUAACUUGUGA